AUGGAACCCUCCAUUCUUACCGACGAACUCAUUUCGACGCUCAAGGAACGAGAUAUUCUGGUUCAACGCGAUGUGAUAGCAUCAGCAUUAGAGGAUUCGGUCACGGCACCCAAUAAUGCGGAAUGGAUAUCGAAGCACUUGCGUCCGGAGACCUUGCUCUCUAAAGAAGAGCUGAUAUUAUACUCGAGGCUUGAGAGUACCGGUACUCUUCAAUCCAUUCUUAGGGACCCCGAUCUCAAUGCAACGCGACCCUUUCUGGAAGGCGACAUUCGAGUCGCAAUUGAAUCCCUCCAAGCAUCGACUGCUGCAAUCAACAAGCAGACUAAGCUAUUGUCUAUACAAUGUGAAUCGCUGAGAAAGACAAUGCGUCGACAAGAUGGCUUGGAUCAAAAUCGAAGUCAGGAGAUUGCACGUUUGCGGAAGAAGCAUGAAGCUGGAAGACAGAACACGACAGUCGCGGCAAUCGACCUUUCCAAUGAGCUCGAGACCAUAUUUAGAAGCGAGAUGGAGAAGACGGGCACGGAAAACAAAAGGAUUUUGUCGACAUUAUCGACUCAACUUAAGCAAGAUGAUCAGGUUCUUGCUAGAUUGGAGACUAUAAUGUCUGGGGUGAAGUCAAACAGGGGCGAUGCAUCUACUGUCAAACGAGCAGCUCAUCUCAGUAGCCUCCUGGCAAACUACAGUGCAUCAGAAAUCCACUGUCGUCUUGAUCGGCUAUACCUGGAGGCGCUUCACUUUGGAGGCUCCUCUAUUCAGCCAUCUACAGAUGAGUCUGUUGACAUUUUGGAGCAGGAAUUGGAGUCUUUGUACCCGGAGAUUGAGAUCUUGGCUCAGAUGUCGACUGAACAAGAAUUCCAUGAUCCUGUCCUUCGUGAAAUAUAUAAUGAACACAGCAUACUUGGCGCAAACUCGCAGCAGAAGUUGGAACAGGUUCAUGAUGCCUUGAUUGACAUGACCCGUUCCAAACAAACAUGGGUAAAAGAGCUCGUAGGACGAGAAUCUUCCUGUGAACUUCUGGAAAAACUAGCAACGCUCUAUCAAACAGAGGCAGCUAGCCAACUGAUGCAGUCAUCUUCCCGACGUGACUCAUUGAGACGCCGCUCGACCCAGUCAGUUCUACACACAGCCACACGAACUGAAAAUCCAGUGCCUGAUCAGCCUGCCCUGGAGAACAUCCUGCGGCGCAAUGGGGUCACGCCCGACUCUGUGCUCCGACCGAGCGCAGAGAAUACUGGCGAUUCAGCCAUGUACGAGAAGAGAAUCCACAUGCGCGACCUGCUACAAAAUCUCGGGAUCGGGACGGAAGCUCCCCUCGUGGCCCACCUGAUAUCUUCGGAUAGUGCAUUGCAGCUUCUUUCAUCCUCUUUGCAUGCCAGCUCGCCUUAUGCCAAGUCUUUGCGCAACGCCAGUCAAGAAGAAGCUAUAUUGGGCUUAGAGCGCGAACUUGAGUUAAUUCAGAAGGGGAUUCAGGGAUUGAACCUCGAUGUUCUGCACCGACGAGAUAAAAUGCAGGACCAGUUCCUUGGGCAAUGGCGCUAA